UUCUAUGGCUUCAUUCUUUUAUUCUGGAUAAGAAAGGCACCAGGUCCCGAGCCACGAGACUUCGACCGCCACCCAGGUAUCAUUUCAGAGCCUCACCCGUUAACCCCUGAUCAGGCGGUCAAAAAUAGAACCUUAGGGUUCGAGCGCAUUUUUGUGAUUGGGCUCAGUGAUCGAACGGAUAAGCGUGAUGCAAUCACCUUGAUUUCCUCGUUUCUAGGGGUAGACAUUGAAUGGAUUGAUGGUGUCAAGCAAGACGACAUAAACCCCAAAGCCUACCCAUCGAAACCCGGACAUCAUCUCCUGGACAGGCCAAAUACUCUCGGCUCAUGGCGUGCUCACAUGAACGCAUUACAAACGAUGAUUGCCCGAGGCUAUAGCAGUGCUCUUAUUCUCGAGGAUGAUUCUGAUUGGGACGUGUCAUUCAAAGAUCAAAUGGUUGAAUUUGCCCGUGGAGCCCGCGCUAUUUCAACAAAGCAAGACAACCCACACUCGCCGUAUGGUGAUUCUUGGGAUCUUCUUUGGCUAGGACAUUGCUCUUCUCGUGCCAAGAAGGGGCCUUAUUGGAAGAUACCUAAUGAUCCUACAGUCGCACCGUUACAAUAUAGGACUGGAUUUAAACACCCGAGUAUAAUUGAUGAACCCGAUGCGGCAUUCUCACGCUACAUAUAUUUGGCCGAGGACUUGCUGUGCAGCUACGGCAUAGCAUGGACUUUGGAUGCAGCGCGAAAUGCUCUUGCCCGUAUGUCCAUGCUUGAACUUGAUGUGGCAGCUGCAGAUGUGGGUUUCCAUGUUGCAUGCGACGGCGGGCUUAGAUGUUUGACGUCAGAACCAGCCUUGAUUGGAAGCUAUCGACGAGCGGGCCCUCCCCAGGCGGACUCUGACAUAGAGAUAUUCGAAUCAACGGAAUGGCAUGAGGCUGGAUCUGGGCACAUUGUGUGGAGCUCUUCUCUUAACGCUUUGCGGUUAGCGGCAGGGUCAACAGUGAAGGCACAGUGGCCAGAGAUUACUCCUCCGGAAAUUGACCCAAUGAAGCUAAAAAUACCAAAGGGCCACCUGGAAGAUCUCUCCUGA